CAUCUCUUAACCAUAACAUUAAUUAUCAUCCAAAUCUUCUUUCUCUACAUUUGUUUUCUUUCUUUCAUUAUCAAAUAUGUUUAGUUUUUUGUAAUCCCCUUUGGAAUUUGACUCCAUAAUCAUCUUUCUAUUUUGUGAGAAGAAACAGAUCAAUUGAUCUGUUUUCUUCUCUUUUUUAACAAUGACUUGGCCAUUGCUUUUUCUCUUGUUUUCAUCUUUUGCUUUUUCUCAUGCACAACUUACAUUGGACUACUAUGCUAAAACAUGUCCACAAUUUGAUUCCAUUGUGAGGGACAUCUCUCAACAAAAACAAACGGAAUUCCCCGCCACGGCGGCCGCGACCCUCCGCGUCUUUUUCCACGACUGUGCUGUAGAUGGUUGUGAUGCCUCCAUCCUUAUCAAACCAACCGCCUUCAACAAAUCCGAGCUCGACUACGACAUCAACCAUUCCCUCGCGGGUGACGCGUUUGACCUAAUCACCCGCAUCAAGACCGCGGUCGAGCUCGCUUGCCCGGGCGUUGUGUCGUGCGCGGACAUCUUAGCGACCGCCACCCGAAACCUCAUCGUCAUAACCGGUGGUCCCCACUACAAAGUCCAGUUGGGCCGGAAGGACAGUCUAGUUUCCAACGUAUCAAACGUGGAAGCACACCUGACGCGUGCUAACGCGACGGUUGACCUAAUGAUCAAUAAAUUCCAAUCCAUGGGGUUUGAUGUCAAGGACAUGGUUGUGUUGAUUGGUGGUGGACAUACAAUUGGAUUUGUUCAUUGUAAGGAGUUUGCUCAUAGGAUAUUCCCAACUCCUGACCCUACAAUGAACCCAAUAUUAGUUGAAAGAUUGAGAAAAAUGUGUGCAAAUUAUACAAGUAACAAUGACAUGUCAGCCUUCCUAGAUGUUAUAAGUCCUGGUAAUUUUGACAAUGUGUUGUUCAAGAAUUUAAUGAAGGGCAUAGGGGUACUAGGUUCAGACCAAUUAUUACAUAGUGACCCUAGGACAAAGCCAUUUGUUGAAUUAUAUGCCAAUAAUGCUAUUGCAUUUGCUAAUGAUUUUGCUCAAGCAAUGGAGAAAGUGAGUGUAUAUCAAGUCAAGAUUGGUCAACAAGGAGAGGUGAGGAAGAGAUGUGAUUCUAUUAAUCACAUUUGAAAGAAUUUGACAUAAAUUUUUAUUUUAUUUUAUGGGAUUUUUGAAUGAUCCAACAAGUACCCUCUCCAUGAUGAUGAUGAUCUGUAGAAUUUGUGUUUAUAUAAUAUGAUGAUAAAUGAUAAUAUUGGACAAGAAUUUUAUCAGUAAUUUGUGAUUAUUUGAUCAAUUAUUUUUGUUAGGUUGAAAUUUUGUUCCAUCAUAUUGUCCCAGGCUGUAACACCAUCAUCACGUAUGUUGUUCAUUAAUUGAAGUCAUGUUGUUUAAAUUUCCAAGUAAUUAGAGUGGGUUUUAUAAAUGUGAUGUUCUAUUCAAACUGACACAUUUUAUCCCAACUAUUCACUAUUCAAAGAACAACUUCAGUUUCAACCAACAUAUCAUCUCAAUUGUGUCAGUUAAACACUCCAACUUACAAAAUGAAAAGCUAAAACAGUUCGAAAAUUGGGGUUGUAUGUAGCUUUCAUUUUCGUAGCAAGAGUAUCAAAGAAGUGAAUAAUAUAUUGAAGCUAAUCUGCGAACUC